CUUGAUGUAAAUAAUGCCAUUCAUCAUGGUGAAUUGUCUGAGGAAGUAUAUAUGCAGCUUCCUCCUGGUUUUGCAGUUCAGGGGGCGAAUAUGGCUGAUUUCUGCCUAUUUACCAUUAUUACUGAUAUUGAUUUUACAGCUCUUCUCAUAUAUGUUGAUGAUAUUAUAGUUGCUAGUUCCAAUAUGUCUUGCAUCUCUGCCUUUAAAUCAUUUCUUGAUGAGAAGUUUAAGAUUAAGGAUCUUGGUUCCUUACGCUAUUUCUUGGGUUUGGAGGUAGCUAGUUCUUUAAAGGGUAUUUCUCUUUGCCAGCGGAAAUAUGCCUUAGACAUUUUGCAAGAUUUAGGUCUUUUAGGAUGUAAGCUUGUUGAUUUUAAAUAUGUCCUUUAG